CGCUCCACGAAAGACACUGCCUACAUCGUAUUUCCGGCGGUUCUGCGGGCGUUCACCACGCGGCAGCCCGGACAGCGAGUUCUCCCGGAUCGCGGCGGGAAGCGCAGACCUCCGGAGUCCCGGAAGGGCGCACACCCAGCCCCCGGCCAUGGCUCCGGGACCCCAUCUUCCUCGUCGUCUUGAGUGUCGUGCUGUGGGAGGCAGCAAGUACGAUCCGGCGCUGCAGGAAAGACGCUGUGGACUCCCGAUGGCUCUACCGGCCGUCUGCCCGCAUCGCGAUCGAACGAGGAACUGGGGACCGAGCGCACCCACCGCCUCGGGCGCUCCGGCAGGGCGCGCCGCCAGCCCCCAGCCUUCGCGCCAGGACCUCAGGGCUCCCAUCGUCGUGGUGUUGGUGCUGUCGGUCACAGCUGCCUCAGGCAUGCCCACAGGGCAGGGACGAUUUCACCAGCAAAUGGCUGCCCCAGAGGCAGGGAGUCUUGGCCGCUGGAAGUGUCCACCAGGGUUCCAUGUGGAGGACGCCAGUGGAGAGUGUGUCCGGUGCACAGACGGAGUGGAUUACACCAGUCAUCCAAACACCCUCUUUUCUUGCUUACGCUGCACGGUUUGCAAAUCAGGUGAAGAAGAGAAGACCCCUUGCACAGCAACUGCGGACACAGGGUGUGAGUGCAAACCUGGAACUUUCCGUGAAGAAAACUCCCCCGAGUUCUGCCAGAAGUGCCACACCAGGUGCCCUGAUGGGAUGGUCAUGGCCACGCCGUGUACCCCCUCGAGUGACCUCAAGUGUGUGCAUCAAGAGUCAGGUACCCGGGCCAGUGGGGAGGCCCUGGAUCCUGGAGAGCCAGUGACCACGAACCUGCAACCGCCCACCGCUUCCUCUCCCUCCUCAAGCAAUUCACAACUGGUGGCUAAAAUUGCAGCUUCUUGUUUAGUUGUCCUUUUUCUGGUGGUGAGCGCAUGCUUGAUCUACAAGUACAAAGUUCAAGGUUGUGGACUGCACCGCAAAUUCAUGGACAAAGUCCUUUUCUGGCGAUCACAUCCCUCAAGAAGGCCUGAGGCGCUGGACAAUGCCCGCAACAACACCCUGAGCAAUAGAGACGGCCUGUCCUCUCCAGUCUCUGAUCAGGAGGUAGAAGACCCUGAGCAGGUGGAGCCCACGGGAGUACAGUCCUCAGGGGAAGCAGAACAUCUACUGGAACCGGCAGCAGCUGAAGGGUCUCGGGUGCGAAGACGGCUCCUGGUUCCUGCGGACGGUGGAGACCCCACAGAAUGCUUGAGGCAGUUCUUUGAUGACUUUUCCAACAUCGUGCCUUGUGAUUGCUGGGACAAACUCAUGAGAAAGAUGGACCUCACCCAAAAUGACAUCCUUCAGAGCAGAGAUCGCGCUCGGAACACCGGGGAUGCCUUGUAUGAGAUGCUGGAGACCUGGGUCCGCCGCAAAGGGCGGGAGGCCUCAGUCAACGACCUCCUCGAUGCCUUGGAAGCACUGGGGCAAAGAUACGCAAAGGAGAAAAUUGAGGACACGCUGGUGGGCUCAAGAAAGUUCGUCUUCAAAGAAGGUGAAGCUGGUGCUGCUGUGUCCUGAGUGUUUGAGGACCUCAUCUUCCAGUUCUGGACACGUUUUUUAUCCAAAUGGACUUGCUCUUUUUACUCUCAUGUAUUACAAUAGAAUCUAUGUUUUGUUGGGGAGGGGGUGUAAUCUGUAAUACUGUUUGUUGUAUGACUUUCUGCUAUUUAUUGUUUUUUGCGGUUUUUUUGCUGUCUUAGGACCGCACCUAAGGCCUGUGGAGGUUCCCAGGCUAGGGGUCGAAUCGGAGCUGUAGCCGCUGGCCUACGCCAGAGCCACAGCCACUUGGGAUCUGAGCUGCAUCUGCGACCUACACCACAGCUCACGGCAGCGCCGGAUCCUUAACCCACUGAGUGAGGCCGGGGGUCGAACCCGCAACCUCAUGGAUCCUAAGUCAGGUUCAUUAACCACUGAGCCACAAAGGGAACUCCUGCUUCUAUGUUUUUUAUAUGUAUUUAUAGUAGCCUAGAAAAGAUUCUGUGAAAUAACACUGGGUUGUUUACAUGGGUUGCCUUUUUGAGAGGUGCGAAGCCACAAUGAUUGGGUGUCACAAGUAAUGGCAGAAGAGAGCCCAGCACCGCUGUGGGGAGCACUGGAGGAAUCCACUCUCCUUCAAAGGCAGUCUCGCACUCUUGGAUACCUGGUGACCUCUGUGGUGCCCACUCUUUUAUACCUGAAAAUCUCAUAGGUGUGUGACUAUUUCUUUUAUUUACCGGUGGGCGUUUACAAGUCAGCAGAGCGUGACGAGACGUGGCAUCCCUGCACAGCCCUGUGUCUGGUGUCUGUGAGCUGGGCUGUCAGGCGUGGGCCUCCGCCGGUUCUUCGUUGGACCUCGGUGCUGAGGGUGGGAUGCAGGUUGGGUGCAGAUGUUAAGUGACAUGGGCGUCUUGCGUCUGAUCUUGUUAGUGAAGCUUCGGCUCCCUCUGGGUUCCCGGGAGGGAGGGGAGGGAUCUGGUCCCAGUGUCUGCCGUGGUCUCAGGGAGGAAGUGCAGUUGGUGGUGGUGGACUGUGUUCAGUGUGGGCUGACUCGGCACUAGAUGGGCACUCGCGGUCCGGGUGCUCUGAUCUGAGCCUCAGAACUGCCUUUUGCGGUCUGAGUUGGCUACUCGGGCAUCUCAACCUCUUCGUAAGCUUUGGCCUCCUGCAGAAACAGACUCACACAGACAUGCCAAUUCCUAAACACUGUAGGCAUUGGCCUAAAAUGGCUGAUGUGUUGGGGUUCUGUCCUUUCAUUCCUUUUUUUUGUUUGUUUGUUUGUUUUAAAGCCUUCCAUUAAAACCCUUCUUUGUAGGCGUCCAGUUACUGCAGGAUGAUCUUAUGGAGGAAGGGCCACUCAGGAGUUGUGGUCUUUUCCGUCUCAAGACUCUGUGUGUUGCCUUCCCCAAAGCUGAUGUGGCCAAAGAUGGAAUUGCCUGACAUUUAGGCACGUUCAGGGUAUGGUGUCGGGAGUCAACUGGAGUGUUUUGGAAGGGCUGCCCCCCAUGGUCCUGCUGUUAUAAGCAAGCCCUCUGGCCCCUUCUUUCCGGAUAUCUGGCCCUUCUCUCAGAGGAUUUCUGUGAGUGCCCUUCUAAAGUAUUAGUCUUAUCAGUGUUUGUCAUAUCCCUUCACAUAUUUAUUGUGUCUUUUACCAGUGAAAACCUUCUAGAGAUAUGAAGUUGUUUCCUUUAUUGCUUCGUGUCAGUGCACGGGAAGUUUUAUUUAAAAGUUUUAUUUAAAGGUUGGGUUCUGUGCAUGUUUCCUCUCCAUGGGAAGAUCCCUUUUAAGAAUUUCUUGGAAACCUUAGACAAUGAAAGAAAAGCCACUGGGCACAAAAUACCAUGUCCUUAUGAAUUUGUGACCAAAUUAAACAUGCAAUUCUGUAUUUAAAAA